AUGAGGGCUCCUGGGGACAAGCACUCAGCUGCUCAGAACUCGGAACCCGAUCCUGCUCGGAUUCCAUUGCUGGAACAAAGGGCCCCCGGGGUCCCAAGACGGAACCCUCCCAUGGAGCCAUCACCGCUGCCAUCUCCUCCUCCUCCUCCUCCUCCUCCCCCUCCUCCUCCUCCUCCUUACCCACCACCUCCUAGAUCACCUCCUCCACCUCAUACGCCUCCUCAAUCGUACUUCCGAGGCCCCCAAGUUAUUCACACAGCUGUGUUCAGCGGUGCACCUAUGCUGACGACUCCCAUGCCCGUAAGCUACCUGUGUCCGUACUGCGGGAACUACAUCGUCACGGUGACCACCCCGAUCCCGGGGAUCCUCACCUGGUUGCUGUGUACAGGCCUCUUCAUGUUUGGGUGUGUCCUGGGCUGCUGUCUCUUCCCCUUCUGCGUGGACAGUUUAAUGGACGUGAGUCACACGUGUCCCGUGUGCCGGCGGGAACUCUUCCGCUACCAACGCCUGUGA